UUUUUUUUUUUUAAUGAAUCCCUGUGCACCCAUGUGACAUGUGAGUAAGUUUUAAGGAGACUAGAAACAAGCUGCGGAGCCAUUUGCUCUUAAACUAAUUGCUCUGUUUCACGCUAUAGAAGACUUGGCGGGCGCGGCACGCUCAGAGAUAGGCCGACCCAGUCAAGAGCCAGCAGAGAUCGUCGUUAGCACCUUCAAAUCGAAGCAGAGCUCGCGCCCUCACCAACCACACAAUCAACCGGCCGAUUCGAUUCUUUCCCAUGGCGCGCCGCCGCGGCCGGCGCGCGGACAAGGCUAACUGCAGGGUGCCGAGGAAGGCGAAGGUCGUCCCCGCCGCUGCCACAUCCGUGGACGACGUCCCCGACCACCUUCUCGAGGACAUCCUCCUCCGCCUCGGCCCCUCCUCCGCCUGCCUCGUCCGCGCGGCGUACGCGUGCAAGCGGUGGCGCCGCGUCGUCACGGCCGCGGGCUUCCUCGACGCCUUCCGCGCGCUCCACGGCGCGCACCACCACCGCGUCGCCGGGUACUACCACACCCUCACGCGGCGCUACCAGGGUAUCCUUUGUCCGGCCGACUUCACUGGAUACCGAUGCAUCGGCGUCUUCUUGCUCGGCGGCGGCGGCGGCGGUGACAUCAGCCUGUCCAACUUCAGGGUCAUCUGCGCGCUCUACGAUCUCUACUGGUUAAACAACCGCCACAUUGGCGUGCAAUUGGCCUGCGUGUUCUCCUCAGGCAGCCAUGGCGGCGGGUGGCGGCUACCGAAGAGCGCCGUCGCGGAUGACAUCCAGCUCACAGAAAGGUUCAACUCCAUCAGCUUCGUGGGGCGCGCCGGUGGCUGCUUCUACUGGGGAAUCGACGACGACGACGACGAAGACGGUGCCAUGCUCGUCCUCGACGAGACAACCACGGAAUUCUCGCUGGUGACGUUCCCGGACAGUAUCCGUGAGAACUACCACAUGACGACGUUCCGGAUCAUCGCCGGCGGCGACGGCGCCAUGCGUGUUCUCCGCGUGAUAGGCAACGACCUCAAGGUGUUCACGCAGCUGGCGGGCGACGGCGAGUGGGUGCUGGAGAAGCUCGUGCGGUUGCCGGAGGCGACGCGGGGAUUGCCGGGGCACGAGGAGAGGUACUUCGAGCAGAACGAGGCCAUGAUCGUCGCGGCGAACGCGGCGUACGUGCUCCUGACGCCGUCGGUGGAGAAGACGUGGCUCUUCUCCGUUGAGCUGGAGACGAUGGUGGUGGAGCGGCAGCAUGAGAGGAACAAGUAUGCGGGGGUGGCUUACCCGUACGAGUUGCCAUUGCUGCGGGCUUUGCACGCCGGUGGCAGAUGAGAAUAACGACUUGGCAACAUGGUGUUGCACGAUGAUAUGGAAUGACAUUGUUUGGUUUGAUAUCAACCGUUCGUGCACGAUUAUUCAUCGGCUGCACUCCGUGUGGAGGUAUUGUAUAGCUGAUCUCAGGCGGAGUGACAUCUUGAACGUGUCAGGACAUUUUCUCUCCUAGGCACUGUUUAGUUACAGGGGUGAAAAGUUCUGGUAUGUCACAUCGGAUAUACGGACACACAUUUAAAGUAUUAAACAUAAUUUAAUAACAAAACAAAUUACAGAUUUCACAUAUAA